CAAAUCCCUCCUAUAUUGGUUGCUGCGCAGCGAGAUUACACAACUGUGUAAUAUUACUGAUAGAUAUUGGGUCAUCUGUACCCUGAUUGAGUGAGUCCGCGGAGUUUUAAAGAGGUCGUCCGUCCCGAGUUACCUAACGUGGUAUAUGGAUUUACGUAUAUAUGCACAGUACAGUACGGAGUACUCCGUACAUACAAGCUUACAUACUGAAUCCUCCGUAAGGAGUACAUUGUGGUCCGUGUUUCCCUAGCCAACUACGACGAGCUAAGGGGCCCGGUGGUGCAAUUUAACUUUUGCUUUUCCAGCAGACGCGUCUCCUAGAGCGCGGUCCCGCGUAACACGUGGCGCAAGCUUGGAAAGAAGUCGGAUGAUUCUCGUUCGUGAUGACCGGUGCGUCAGUAUCUGCAGAGUGCUCCAUAGUGAACCAAAGCUAGAACAGUCGUUUCGAUGGCCUUGACGUCCCCUCGUCUCAUGUCCGGCCAUGAAUCCAUCUAGCAAGACCUUCUAUCACCCUUAUUCUCCCUAUGACAUCCAGGUUCAAUUUAUGCGUUCUCUCUAUACUUGCAUAGAAGAAUGUAAAGUUGGCAUCUUCGAAUCUCCAACAGGCACUGGGAAGUCCCUGAGUUUAAUAUGUGGCUCGUUGACGUGGCUACGAGACCAUAAACGAUCGGUUUUCCUGGAAGACAUAGAGAAUAGUGAUGGUGAUGACGAGCCGGAAUGGAUCUUGCAAUAUUCAAGAAAGGAAAAGAGGCGAACCAUCAGAGAAAGAAGGAAGCGAGUGGAAGAUCGAUUAUCACGUAUCCGCAAGGAGGAGCUCCUGCGUGAAAAGGCAGCAAUAGCCAAUAUACCAUUCAAAAAGCAGGUAUUGUUGAGGCUGGAAGAUGGCAAGCGACACUUGGAUAAAAUGGCCGAUGAUGGGGCAUUCGAGCUGGAUGAAUACGAUAGUGACAAUCAAGAAACUUCAGCCCAUGACGCUAAGGGUAACAGCGAUCUUUCUGCCACUACUAUCGCACUACUGGAGAAACUUAGUGGCUCAGCUAAGAUCCAGGAUGACUUCGAAGAGGAAAAUCCUGUCAAAAUUUUUUAUUGUUCCAGGACCCAUUCACAGCUGGCUCAGUUUGCACGAGAGUUGCGGCGCGUGGCGUUUCCGCCUAGUAUACCGCCGGAAACCGAAGAUGGAGAGAUAGAUACUCAAGGAGAGGGCAGAAGACACCCAGACACCGAAUUAGAGGAGCCAACGAAGCAUGUAUCGCUCGGCUCAAGGAAAACGAUGUGUAUAAACCCGAAGAUUAGACGCCUUGGGAAUGCCACGGCCAUCAAUGAGCGGUGUCUUGAUUUGCAAAGUUCCAACGUUCUCCCGGAGCAUAAAUGUCCAUUUGCUCCAUCCAAAGAGAACGAGUUAGCUAUUAGUGACUUCAGGGACCAUGUUCUUGCUGAAGUUCAUGAUAUUGAGGAUAUAGGUAAAAUUGGGCAGCGCACAGGAAUUUGUCCGUACUAUGCGUCCAGAUCCGUUAUCGGCCACAGCGAAAUUGUCACACUUCCCUACCAGCUUCUGCUUCAGAAGUCAGCAAGGGAUGCUCUAGAUAUUUCGCUUAAGGACCAUGUUAUUAUCAUUGACGAGGCCCACAAUCUUAUGGAUGUAAUUGCUAAUAUUCACUCAGUGAACGUUUCUCUCACCCAGCUCCGAAUCGGUCUCGAACAAUUAACUAUCUACGCAAGAAAGUAUAAAGCUCGGCUUAAAGGCAAAAAUAGAGUAUACGUUGCGCAGGUUAUGCGCCUACUAGGUUCUAUAGCCAAAUACCUUGAAUCCGUACUGGCUGCCAGGGAACUUAGGGAAGGUGCUGUAGAUCCGUCAUAUCUAAUGAGUGGAAAAGGAGUUGACCAAAUCAACUUACACAAGCUCUCGAGAUACUUGCAAGAAAGCAAGCUAGCCCGCAAAGUAGACGGGUAUAUUGAAAGUUCAACAUCUUUGGAAGAGAAAAAUCCUGAAACGAGUACGACAGUGCCUGUUUUGUUCCAGGUCCAGUCAUUUUUGCUCUCUUUGAUGAAUCCGUCGGCGGAGGGCCGCCUCUUCUUUGAGAAGAAUGGUAACGAUGUUCUGCUCAAGUAUACGCUGCUGGACCCAACAGCACAUUUCCGGGAAGCGGUAGAGGAGGCAAGAGCCGUCAUUCUAGCUGGAGGGACAAUGUCACCUAUGAGUGAUUACAGAGACCACCUUUUUUCCUAUCUUGCCCCGGGCCAACUGAGAACUUUUAGUUACGGUCAUGUGAUCCCCACAAGUAACCUCAGCGCAAGACCUGUAUCAAGAGGAAUACUGGAUACAGAGUUUGAUUUUACUUUUGAAAAGAGAAAUUCCCGUGCAAUGAUCAUUGACCUAGGCAAGACCAUCAGUGAGAUUUGCAAAGCCACCCCCGAUGGUGUGGUAGCUUUUUUUCCAAGUUAUGACUUUCUGAACCAGGUGGUCGAAAUUUGGAAGCAGCCAUGUUCAAAUUCGGGUAAUCCAAGCAUUCUCGAUUCACUUGGGUUGGUAAAGCCGUUGCUCUACGAAUCCAAAGAAAAAGCCAUGAAUACCGAGGCGCUUCUCCAGAAGUACGCAAACUUCAUAGAUGAAGGCAAAGGAGCGUUGCUGCUAUCGGUCAUGGGCGGAAAGCUUUCCGAAGGAAUAAAUUUCUCGGAUCGGCUUGGUAGAGGCGUGAUUGUCAUCGGCCUUCCAUUUGCCAACAUUCGCAGCGCAGAAUGGCAAGCAAAAAUACAAUACGUGGAGAGGAAGACUUAUGAACGGUCUUCGGGGGGUGAAGAAACUAGAAGGAGCAAAGCCAAGCUUGCGGGCAGAGACUUUUAUGAAAAUGCCUGCAUGCGGGUGGUGAAUCAAUGCAUAGGGAGGGCGAUCAGACAUCAGCACGAUUAUGCUGCUAUCCUCAUGUUCGAUCGGCGAUAUGGGACAGCACGCAUACAAUCCAAACUGCCAGAAUGGAUUCGGCGGAGUCUGGUUUCUGCUCCGAUCGGAGCUACAAUAAAUAACCUAUAUACGUUCUUUGAAGAAAAGAGUUCCAUAGAAGUGACAAAAGAGAAAUAAA